AUGGGCGGUAAUGUCGCGAAAUGUCCCAACUCAUCGAUUCAUAAUGAUUAUGUGUAUGAGACGCUGUUCGAUCGUGCCGUCCACAAAACCUACUCGGAGCCGCAGCGAGUUUUCCGCAACACUCUGGUAGAUCAAAUCUAUCAUCGAAUUUAUUGGUCGCUUCGAUCCAUUCAAUACAAGAUUUUCUAUAAGAAUGAAGCAAUGGACCUAGACGAGGUCGUCGACAAAUGGGAGGUCGGUGUUCAGCCGCCGCCGCUCGAGCAGCUCGCCGAAGCGACCGGCUUCAGUCCGAAAUGGAUCAAGUACAUGUACGCGAAAUUCAAGAACGAAUCGCCGACCGGCAAAAUGAAAGAGGAGGAGUUUCGCAAUUUGUUGGCGUGUAUUAUUGCUCCCGAGAAGGCCACCGAUCAAUACAUUUCGAGGCUGUUUCAGGCGUUCGCCGGCAACGAGCGAAAAACGAUCACGUUUGCGAAUCUGCUGGCGUGCCUGGCUACCGUACACCCGCAAACGGCUGGCAACAACGCGAGAUGGACGAUGCGAUUGAUCACCGGAAGCGACGCCGACAGUUUCGGCUAUCCGGCCUUUUAUGAGUUCACACAAUCCGUGUUCCAAUUGAACGAGGGCAAACGAGCAAUGACGGAGGCGAAUAAGGAAACGGUUCGUCAGCGCGCUUCAACGAUAUUCAAGGAGCUCGACGCCGAUCAAGACGGUCUCGUCAACUAUGAGGACAUGGUCCGAUUUUUUCAGCAACAUGAGUCGAGUCUUGGCAUCACGCCGAUCUCGCCUCAUCCGUCAACGUCGAACGGAUUCCAGAAUUGA